UUAGCUUUUAAUAUUCGCUCAUGCGAAUGUUCUCAGGUUUUAACUGUAGCCUUUCUUUGGCUAAGGCCGCCAUGGCCAUGCCUCUUUUUCGAUACUUGAGCUUAGCGGUACAACAUCUUCAAAGCUAAUAUAAGUGAGGAUACACUAAAUUACAGUAGCAUAAGGCAAAGGAUUUGACUGGAAAAAGCCUAAGGUUCUUGGAGAAAUCAAGCUAAUAAAGUGAUCAUCUCACGACAAGAUGUUCUAUAUUGUAGCUUUAUUUCUCACUCUUGUAUAUUAAUAGAUAUGAGAUUAUGGAAAUUUCAGUGAUCAUAUUCAAAAGAAAAGAUAUUGGAGGAACUGCAGACACUAAACUUCAGCUCUGGCUCCACUGUUCAGAAGAGUAAUAUAAACAUGAAGAAAAGUCUUGCCAUGGAGGAGUACAAGCCUGAGCCCUGGAUCCUUCAUGAACAGAGUGAUAUGGGCAAGAACUUAUUACAUCUUGCUAUUAUUGGCCAUGUUGAUGCAGGCAAGUCAACUUUAAUGGGAAGAUUUCUUUACAUUAUGGGUAGGGUUUCACAGAAGGAAAUGCACAAAUAUGAGAGAGAGGCUAAGCAGAAAGGGAAGGGAUCAUUUUCAUAUGCAUGGGUUCUAGAUGAGAGUCCAGAAGAAAGACAGAGAGGUGUAACCAUGACUGUUGCUGUAGCGCAUUUUGAAACACACAAUUUUCAUGUUGUACUACUAGAUUCUCCUGGCCACAAGGAUUUUGUUCCAAAUAUGAUUGUGGGUGCCUCACAAGCAGAUGCUGCAGUCUUAGUUGUGGAUGCAUCCUUAGGUGCAUUUGAAGCAGGAAUGGAUGGGCAGGGAAUAGGAGGACAGACAAAAGAACAUGCACAAUUAAUUAGAAGUUUUGGGGUGGAACAAAUGAUUGUUGCUGUCAAUAAAAUGGAUGUAAUUGCAUAUUCCAAAGAAAGAUUUUACUUCAUAAAAUCACAACUUGGGACAUUUCUUCGGCGUUAUGGAUUUAAAGAAUCCUCUUUAACAUGGAUUCCCAUGAGUGUCAUUGAAAAUCAGAACUUAGUGAGUUGCCCAACUGACGAGCAUUUGAAUUCUUGGUACAAGGGACCAAAUCUAUUAGAGGCUAUAGAUUUUCUCAAGCUCCCAGCCAGAGAUACUUACCGGCCUCUCAGACUUCCAAUAUCAGAGGUUAUACAGUCACGUACACUAGGUCAAGUUGCUAUCAGUGGAAAGUUGGAGGCUGGAGCUAUUAGAAUUGGCACAAAGGUUCUAGUUAUGCCUUCAGGGGAAUUAGCAACAGUGAAAGCUAUUGAACAGGAUUCUAAAAUGCUGAAUAUUGCAAAGGCUGGGGUCAGCGUAGAUAUUAGUCUUCAAGGAAUUGAUUCUUCUAUUUUACUGCCUGGGGGAGUCCUUUGUCAUCCUGAUUUUCCUGUUCCACUAGCAAGACGCAUUGAACUGAAGGUUGCUGUUUUGGACAUCAGAAAACCUAUAUUGUUUGGAGCUGAGCAUGAGUUGCAGGUGGAACUACAUGCACACCAUGCAAAAGAGUCUGCAAGAGUAGCACAGAUUUUGGCAAUAUUGGAUCCAAAGACUGGCAUAGUUCGUAAAAGGGCACCACGAUGUUUAACUGCCAACCAAAGCGCUUUGUUACAGAUUUCUCCAAGACAGGGGAUCUGUAUUGAGGAAUAUUCCAAUUGCAAGGCCUUAGGAAGAGUAACAUUGCGUGCUGAUGGAAAAACUAUAGCUGUGGGUGUAGUCACCAAAAUUGUUGAAUAACAAUUGUAUGGUUUCCUGCCCAGCGUUAUAUCCUCCUGUUUAACUUUUAGAAACUAGCACGUAAGUACAACCAGUUAGAUUGUGGGGCAAAACUCAUUUGUUGUAUGUUAGUUUUAAUUUGUCACUGUUUAGUCCAUUGGUUACAUUGGCAAAGUUUUAAGAGCCAUUGGUUUAUGCUUUGUAUGUAAUUGACAAACACCAGUAUUGGUUAAGAGCCAUUGGUACUUCUUUAGAAAAGGGCAGGACAGCCCAUUUCUGUCAUGUUCUUCUAGGUUUGGAUGCAAACCAUCUUGACUGGGCAUCCUUUUCUGUAAUUUCGAUGCUCCUGUAGUUUGAUGUUUAUUUUUCAGAUCUUUUUAGGUCUGCUCUUUUGUUGAUCAUUGAUUCAUG